AUGCAUGUGCCACCCCCACCCCAAUCGCCCACCACUACGACAUUCCACUGCAGCUUUGAAGGGCGUACAGUCCUCGACACGACCGUGGUCAAAGUGCAUAUUCUGGACGUGGAUUUGGUCACGUUUUUCACGCUGAUGGUUCAAACCGCGACGAUCACUCGGCCGUCAAAACACCGUCCCAUGACGGGGGGAGUCGCCUUCAUGGGCUUCGCCCCACUAGCUUCGACGACCUUGACCAAUGGCACUGUCGAGGACCACAGCGCUGCUGCCACGUACAUUGUGUCCCUCGGGUUGUCGUUUCCAUGCGACUUUGGCGCGUUUAAGCCGGUGACAUUGUCGUCGCCGAUACCCCCCCUCGAUGGCAUCUGGCAGGUGAACCUCGUAUCCACCAACGAAAGCGUACACUUUGCAUGCACCACAGGCAAGUAUCGCCGGUCCCCCGACAUCCAAGGCAGCUACAACUACUACUACUGGUCGCUUCCGUCCAAUGUCGUGGCGUUUGCGGCCAACUUGGACUUUAACGACGUCCAUCGGUGGACGCGGAGCUUUGGAUCCCCGACAUUUACCCGUCCAUCCAACGACGCGCUAGCCUUCGCAUCUUGCUGCCACUGGUCGACUGUGUACUCAAUCGGGCGGUGGUACCCGUUCCAGUGGGCUGUGAACCAAGCCACAGAUCAAAGCGGAUUGGGGGGAACGAUGUACUUUAACGACAAUGCCCGCGCCGACACGCUCUGGUGUUGCCUCGCAGCCUCCCACGCUCUCGCCACCUGCCUCCAUGUCCGCAUCCAUCUGUUUGUGGUGGUGGUGAUCUUUGUCGUGUGCGACUAUUUCCGCCUCGAGAUUGUAAACUACACGGGAAUGUACCUUGACCAUGUGAAUGCAUUUGCCACGUCAAACUACCUCGACAAUAUCAUUGCUCAACCAACUAAAGUCACCAUGAACGUAUGGGCGUUUCACGAAAACGUGACCACCGAUUACAAGUUGAUUCUGAACGAAUACACGUAUCUAUGGGUCGCCGCGGGCUUGUGCCAGGUCUACGUCGUUCUCGAGAAAGUUGCUCGCACCGAUAAUCUCGAUGCCGACGACAACAUGGUAGUUGAGCGACGGGUGGGCCGAAUCAGCUGCGAUGUGGUGGGGUUUGUAGCUCCAACAGACGACUACGGCCAGCAGACUCUUGUGGCCAUCAACGACUACGCGUAUAUUGUCGUGAACGCAGUGAUUGGUACGCUGUGGUUUACCGUGUGCGGUUUCCCCAUCGAUGACAUGAUGAUCUUGGGGAAAGUUCAAUUGCAUCCGCACCAUAUUCACCGCAUUUGGCGUGUGUCGCUGAAAUGUUUGCACUGA